AUGCCUCAAAUGCCGGGGGCCUGGGAAGAUUCUGAUAGUGGCAGCGACGAGGUAGCUACCGGCGGCUAUGCUUUGUGGCAACAAGGGGCUCGCUCGACUCAUCCCUCUAGCCGUACUCUUCCCCCACCGAACCCCUCCUACAACCGAUCCAUUCCAGCCUGGAACCCAUCCGCGUUACCAGGCUUUGCAAGCGUUAGCCAACUGGCCAGCCUCGAUCGACCAGGUCUACUGAACAACGGCAGCUACUUCUCCGACGUGGAUUACCUGGGAGGGCAACCCAGUCUUGCUUCAACGAUUCAUCGUGCAAACAACAUUGACUUCCAGAACAUGACCGAUAUGGACGGGAACCCCCUGAAUCCGCGGUUAGCGAACUAUCUGGAUGACUUUGUGCACAAUCCUGUCAAAACAGAGGAGGAAAUUCAACAACUUCUUUCGAAUAUUCGACCUGAUAUGGAAAUUCCCGAGGAGGAGCGGGGUGAAACACCGGCGGGCAUGAAGUAUCCUCUCUAUCCGCACCAACAGCUUGCCCUGAAGUGGAUGGCGGAGAUGGAGACAGGGUCAAACAAAGGCGGUAUCCUGGCCGAUGAUAUGGGUCUUGGUAAAACGGUCUCGACCCUGGCGUUGAUGAUUUCCAGGCCCUCUGAGGACCGGGCAGUGAGGACUAAUUUGAUCAUUGGACCUGUUGCCCUUAUCAAACAAUGGGAAAACGAGGUCAAGAACAAGCUGAGGGGUACUCAUAAGAUGAGUGUUUACCUCCUCCACCAGAAGAAGAAGAUACCAUUCACUGAGCUCAUAAAUUACGACGUGGUGCUCACAACGUAUGGUUCAAUCGCCUCGGAAUGGCGCCAGUACGAAAAGCACGUGCAACAACGCAACGCGGCUGCGUUGUAUUCGGAGAGAGACGACGGCGAGCUUGCCAAAAAGUGCCCCUUGCUUCACCCUAAGAGCACCUUUUACCGCAUCAUCAUCGACGAAGCCCAGUGUAUCAAAAACAAGGACACCCAAGGCUCAAAGGGCGUGCACAAGAUCAAUGCCACCUACCGCUGGUGCCUUACUGGCACGCCCAUGAUGAACAACGUCUCAGAGCUCUAUCCACUCAUCCGGUUUUUGAGGAUUAAGCCCUUUUGGGAACAUAGGCACUUCCAAACGGCGUUUAAAUGCCUCGGCCCCCGGAAUAAUGGUAACAACGAGUAUGCUCGCAAGCAGGCCAUGGACAAACUCCGGACCGUUCUCAAGGCCAUCAUGCUGAGGCGCAUGAAAACCUCGCAGAUAGAUGGCAAGCCCAUCUUGACUCUACCCCCCAAGACCGAGAGAUCCGAGUUUGUAGAGUUCUCAGUGGAUGAGACACAAUUUUACAAAGACCUUGAAGAGAGGUCGCAGGUUGUCUUCAACAAAUACCUCCGUGCCGGUACUGUUGGUCGCAACUACUCCAAUAUUCUUGUUCUUCUGCUGCGGCUUCGCCAAGCAUGCUGCCACCCUCACUUGAUUGAUUUCGAGUGCGUCGGCAGCGCAACCACCGCUGACGAGACCAUGGAUGAUUUGGCCAGGAAGCUUGAUGCUGCAGUCAUCCAGCGUAUCAAGGACAUCGAAUCUUUUGAGUGUCCUAUCUGUUAUGACGGCGUCGAGGAUCCAGUCCUAGCUAUACCCUGCGGCCAUGACACCUGCUCAGAGUGCUUCACUUCGCUGACAGACAACGCGGCCAGGAACAAUGUUCUUACAGGUAACGAGAACGCCAGUGCUAAGUGUCCGCAAUGCCGCGGCCCCGUUGAUGCUUCAAAGGUGAUCAAGUACACGACCUUUCGAAAGAUUCAUAUGCCGGAAACUCUUCCUAAGGAAGAGGUCAAGGAGGAGGAGCUGCCAGAGAUUUCAGACUGGUCUGGCUCGUCAGAAGAUGAGAAUUCUGACAAUGAUUCUGUCGGCAGUUUGAAUGACUUCAUCGUGGAAGACGAUGAUUCAGAUGAACUCAGUGAGGGUGAAGCUGCAGCCCAGGCGAUGAAGAUGGCGGAAGCCAAGGCGGAAGCGAAGGCGAGAAAGGAAGCGAGACGGGCGGAAAAGAAGACCACGAAGGCGUCCAAGAAAGGCAAGGAGAAGAGCAAACUGAGCAAGGGGAAGAGCAAGGUUGAGCCGGUCAACCCAAGUCAGCUGCGGACACUCCGCCUUGAGGCUGGCAGAAACAAGGAGGCCCGUCGGAGAUAUAUGCACUACCUCCGCGAUAAUUGGGAGGACUCGGCGAAGGUCACCCAAGUCAUUGAGCUUCUGAAGACGAUCCAGGAAACCAAUGAGAAGACCAUUAUUUUCUCUCAGUGGACCUCCCUGCUGGACUUGAUCGAAUGCCAGAUCAAGUACAGCCUCAAGCUGCGUCACUGCCGGUACACUGGCGACAUGUCGCGCACCCACCGCGACGAAGCGGUUCAAGACUUUGUAGAGAACCCCGAAAACAAGGUCAUGCUGGUGUCCCUCCGCGCCGGUAACGCGGGACUGAACCUGACGUGCGCUUCGCGCGUCAUCAUUUGCGAUCCCUUCUGGAAUCCAUUUAUCGAGAUGCAGGCUGUCGACCGCGCCCACCGUAUUGGGCAGCAAAAGGAGGUGCAGGUCCACCGAAUUCUGGUCAAGGAAACGGUCGAGGACCGCAUCAUGGAUUUGCAAGAGAAGAAGAGGGAGCUGGUGGAGAGCGCUCUGGAUGAAGACAAGAGCAAGCAGCUGGGCAGACUGGGCGUUCAGGAGCUGGCUUACAUCUUCAAUGGCGGCGCGAGACCCCCUCAAUAGGCGUCAGAAUUGAACCGAAAGGCCUCGGCGGAUAGUCGAUAGGCCUCAAUCUUUACUUGACAGGCCUUGUUUGGGGGCUGGAAGGCGUCAAAAUGGAGCUGAGAGGCCUUGUUUGGAGGUUGGGAGGUGUUGUUGUUGGGAGACAAGGCCUCGAGGACAGAAAAACGCGGACAAUGGACGCGGUUGAGGCCUACUUUUUACCUUUACCAUGUCAAUAUUUUCUGUAUGGUUUUUCUUUUCUUUUUUUUUCCCUUGAUGUUUUUUUCGUCUUUUUUUCUGCCUUGUCCAGACAAGGAUUUGUCAGGUGUCCGUUUUUCUUUUCCUAGGUCAUGGGUUAUGGGGGUUUUCACCUUUCAUUUCUGUGCAGUCUGGAGUGGUAAUGGGCAUCAUGAAUCCCCCCUUUCCCCUGUUUUUUUCUCCCUCUGUUCAUUAUAGACUAGUGAGGUGUGGUUCUGGAGAGGAUGGAGACGUACUGGCCGAGUUGCAUGGUGGGGGGGGGGGGAUGCCUCACGGCAUGGGAGGAUGGAAGGGGUGAUGGAUGAAGGGAAAAGGGGGUCAACUUGCAUUGUGUUGGCGUUGGAGGCGAGACGGAUGGGGCUUUUGCUUGUGUAUGUAUGGGUUUUUGGUAAUGUAGGUUAUUUGUGGUGAGCGAAUGGGUGGUGGUAGAUGAGGGGGAGACUGCCACCUUGCCUGGUCAAAUUAGCUUUGAUUUUGAGAACUUUGAGUUGUGUGAUGGUGAUUGAGGUGAUGUGAUUUACGAUCAUGAGUGCUCGGGCUGGAGCUGGACAACAUAAUUUAAGUGAAAAGAGAAAACCACAGGAAACCCCGGGCACGCAAGAUACGCUUCAAUAUCAC